CUUGCUUAGACAUUGCUCAGCACAAUAUUCGCAAAUUUCCUCUCUCUCUCUCUCUCUCUCUCUCUCUCUCAGAUCAUACUCCUCCAAUGGCCGCCAUCAUUUCACGAAGGUUAAGAUUAACUUCCUCCAUCCUAAAACCCUGUCAUUUCCCACCUCCAUCACCAUCUCCAACAAACCCUCAAUCUCCAAUCUCUAAACCCUUACCCCAAAACCCAUCUUCUUUUUUCACCUUUCAUCACUUCUCCCAAUUCACAACAACCCCUCCCAAACCCACUUCCCAUUUCAAUCUCACUCCCUUUUCAUCCCACCAAGUUUCAAACUUCUACCCUAAACCCAUCUUCUUCUCAACCAACAACCCAUCAUCAUCAUCAUCAUCAGAUUCUGAUAAAGCCUCAGACCCAACCCCAAACCCAAACCCAAGUCCAUACCCAAGCGAAAACCCAAACUUCAAACACCAAGAAAUCGAAGGCCCAACAGUAGAACGCGACCUCUCCCCCCUCGCCAACGAGACACGUGAAAUUCUCGAAACAAUGAUGAAGAACAUCUAUUCACUAAGCAGGGUGAUAGCACUAAUGGGUCUCGUUCAGCUCGGUGUUGGAGGCUGGAUCACAUACAUAACUAGAUCUUCGCCUAUCACUGAGGUUUCUGUGCAGAGCUUAUUGGCUUUUGCGUUUCCGUUUUCUCUGGCGUUCAUGCUGCGUCAGUCGUUGAAGCCGAUGAGAUUCUUUAAGAAGAUGGAGGAACAAGGUAGGUUGCAGAUUCUUACACUGACGCUUCAGGUUGUUAAGCAGUUGAAUGUUUUGUUUGUUAGGGUUAGAGGGGUUUCGUUUGUUUGUGUUGUUGGGUUGUCUGCUGGUUUGGUUUUUGCUUUGGUUUCUAGAUGAGUUUGAUUUGGUUUUUUACUAUCAAUUUGGAGUUUGGAGAUACAAGGUUUUCAUUUUCUAGUGUAGUGGCUAUAUUUUAACUUGAAAAAGGUGAAAUGUUAUAGGUAUAGAUGUUUUAAGUGCUUAUUUUUGCCUAGUUUUCACAAUGCUGUUUGA